AUGCGGGUCCGGGAGCAGUUUGGCCGGAUCAGGAUGUGGGUCCAGGGGAAGUUUGGCUGGAUCGGGAUGCAGGUCCGGGGGGAGUUUGGCCGGAUCGGGAUUGUGAGCGGGGCCGCCAGGGCAAGCGGUGACACCAGUGCGCCCAGUGCCACCAGUGCGAGCAGUGACACCGGUGCGAGCAGUGUCACUGGUGCGAGCAGUGCCGCCAGUGCACCCAGUGCUGCCAGCGCGAGCGGGGCCGCCAGUGCGAGCAGUGACGCCAGUGCGAGCAGUGACGCCAGUGCGCCCAGUGCCACCAGUGUGAGCGGGGCCGCCAGGGCAAGCGGUGACACCAGUGCGCCCAGUGCCACCAGUGCGAGCAGUGACACCGGUGCGAGCAGUGUCACUGGUGCGAGCAGUGCCGCCAGUGCACCCAGUGCUGCCAGCGCGAGCGGGGCCGCCAGUGCGAGCAGUGACGCCAGUGCGAGCAGUGACGCCAGUGCGCCCAGUGCCACCAGUGUGAGCGGGGCCGCCAGGGCAAGCGGUGACACCAGUGCGCCCAGUGCCACCAGUGCGAGCAGUGACACCGGUGCGAGCAGUGUCACUGGUGCGAGCAGUGCCGCCAGUGCACCCAGUGCUGCCAGCGCGAGCGGGGCCGCCAGUGCGAGCAGUGACGCCAGUGCGAGCAGUGACGCCAGUGCGCCCAGUGCCACCAGUGUGAGCGGGGCCGCCAGGGCAAGCGGUGACACCAGUGCGCCCAGUGCCACCAGUGCGAGCAGUGACACCGGUGCGAGCAGUGUCACUGGUGCGAGCAGUGCCGCCAGUGCACCCAGUGCUGCCAGCGCGAGCGGGGCCGCCAGUGCGAGCAGUGACGCCAGUGCGAGCAGUGACGCCAGUGCGCCCAGUGCCACCAGUGUGAGCGGGGCCGCCAGGGCAAGCGGUGACACCAGUGCGCCCAGUGCCACCAGUGCGAGCAGUGACACCGGUGCGAGCAGUGUCACUGGUGCGAGCAGUGCCGCCAGUGCACCCAGUGCUGCCAGCGCGAGCGGGGCCGCCAGUGCGAGCAGUGACGCCAGUGCGAGCAGUGACGCCAGUGCGCCCAGUGCCACCAGUGUGAGCGGGGCCGCCAGGGCAAGCGGUGACACCAGUGCGCCCAGUGCCACCAGUGCGAGCAGUGACACCGGUGCGAGCAGUGUCACUGGUGCGAGCAGUGCCGCCAGUGCACCCAGUGCUGCCAGCGCGAGCGGGGCCGCCAGUGCGAGCAGUGACGCCAGUGCGAGCAGUGACGCCAGUGCGCCCAGUGCCACCAGUGUGAGCGGGGCCGCCAGGGCAAGCGGUGACACCAGUGCGCCCAGUGCCACCAGUGCGAGCAGUGACACCGGUGCGAGCAGUGUCACUGGUGCGAGCAGUGCCGCCAGUGCGCCCAGUGCUCCCAGCGCGAGCGGGGCCGCCAGUGCGAGCAGUGACGCCAGUGCGAGCAGUGACGCCAGUGCGCCCAGUGCCACCAGU